CGUUGUUGCAAAAACCACCCUCCGUUUCAUUCUGGAGCCCGGAGGUUACACCCAGGCGUCACAAUAGCUUCUCUCCUCACAGAAAAUUAACUGAUCUCCUCAUUCUCCACAUAACAAGACCAUGGAAGAUCUAGAGGAAAUAUUAUUUGAAGAAUUUGAGAACUAUUCUUACACCAUGGAAUAUUACCUUACAGAGUCAGAGUUGGAGGAGAAAGACCACCUGGGAGUUAUUCACUGGGUCUCUGUGGGGUUAUACUGUUUAGCGUUUGUUCUGGGAGUUCCAGGAAAUGCCAUUGUCAUUUGGUUUACGGGGUUCAAGUGGAAGAAGACAGUUGCCACUCUCUGGUUCCUCAAUCUGGCCAUUGCAGAUUUCAUCUUUGUUCUCUUUCUGCCCCUCUACAUCUCCUACGUGGCCAUGAAUUUCCAUUGGCCCUUUGGCAUCUGGUUGUGCAAGGCCAAUUCAUUCAUUGCUCAGUUGAACAUGUUUGCCAGUGUUUUCUUCCUGACAGUGAUCAGCCUAGACCACUAUUUCCACUUGGUCCAUCCUGUCUUGUCUCACCGACACCGAACCCUGAAGAACUCCCUGAUUGUUAUCAUAUUAGUCUGGCUUUUGGCUUCUCUGAUUGGGGGUCCAGCGCUAUACUUCCGGGACACCGUGGAGUUUAAUAACCACACUGCUUGCUAUAACAAUUUCCAUGAGAAUGAUCCUGACCUCAGAUUGAUGAGGCACCAUGCUCUGACUUGGGUGAAAUUUAUUGUUGGGUACCUCUUCCCUUUGAUAACAAUGAGCAUUUGCUACUCAUGCCUCAUCUUCCAGGUGAAGAAACGAAGCAUCCUGAUCUCCAGUAAGCAUUUCUGGACAGUCCUGGCUGUGGUCAUAGCCUUUUUGAUUUGCUGGACUCCUUAUCACCUGUUCAGCAUUUGGGAGCUCACGAUUCACCACAACAGCUACUUCUCCCAGAUGCUGCAGGCUGGAAUCCCCCUCUCCACUGGUUUGGCAUUCCUCAAUAGUUGUUUGAAUCCCAUUCUUUAUGUCCUAAUUAGCAAGAAGUUCCAGGCUCGUUUUCGUGCCUCAGUUGCUGAGAUACUAAAGUAUACACUGUGGGAAGUCAGCUGUUCUGGCACGGUGAGUGAACAGCUCAGGAACACUGAAUCCAAAAACUUGUGUCUUAUAGAAACAGCCCAAUGA